AUGAGCCCGCGAGCCCGGCCCGCGCUUCUCCUCCUGAUGCUGCUGCGGACCGUGGUCCCACACCGGCGACCGCUGCGUUCGCACUCUCUGUGCUACCUUCUCAUGGGUGCCUCAGUGCCGGACCUUGGGCUGCCCUUGUUUGAAGCUUUGGGCUACGUGGAUGACCAGCUGUUUGUGUCCUACGAUCAUGAGAGUCGCCGUGCUGAGCCCCGAGCCCCGUGGGUCCAGGGUAGGACCUCGAGUCAGCUGUGGCUACAGCUGAGUCAGAGCCUGAAAGGGUGGGACCACAUGUUCACUGUUGACCUCUGGACCAUCAUGGACAACCACAACCACAGCAAGGUGUCCCACACCCUGCAGGUGAUCCUGGGCUGCGAGAUGCAAGAGGACAACAGCACCAGGGGGUUCUGGAAGUACGGGUACGACGGGCAGGACUACCUUGAAUUCUGCCCUGAGUCACUGGAGUGGAGAACAGCAGAGCCCGGGGCCCAGGCCACCAAGCUGGAGUGGGAAGUGCACAGGAUUCGGGCCAAGCAGAACAAGGCCUACCUUGAAAGGGACUGCCCUGAGCAGUUGCUGCAGUUGCUGGAGCUGGGGGCAGGGGUCCUGGACCAGCAAGUUCCUCCUUUGGUGAAGGUGACCCGUCACAUGACAGCUGCAGUGACCACUCUACGGUGUCAGGCUCUGAACAUCUACUCCCAGAACAUCACCAUGAAGUGGUUGAAGGACAAGCAGCCUCUGGAUGCCAAGGUGGUGGAGCCUAAGGACGUGCUGCCCAACGGAGAUGGGACCUACCAGGGCUGGGUGGCCUUGGCUGUGACCCCUGGGGAAGAGCAGAGAUACACCUGCCAGGUGGAGCACCCAGGCCUGGAUCAGCCCCUCACUGCCACCUGGGAGUCCUCACCAUCUGGUGGUCUGGUCAUUGGAGUCAUCAGUGGGAUCGCUGUGUGUGCCAUUAUCUUUAUUGGAAUUUUAUUCAGAAUCAUAAGGAAGAGGCAGGCUUCAAGAGGAGCCAUGGGGGAUUAUGUCUUGGCCGAGUAUGAGUGAAAUACAGCCUGCAGACCAACCGUGGGGAGGAAACAGAACGAGAGACUCAAAGAUGGGGUGCAUUGUGGAGCUCUUCAUUUUUCAGGAUGGAACUGGACCUAACAAAUAGAAACUGCCUGAAGAACUCUUUGCUCUUAGAUUUCCCUAUUCACUUUCCCAAAGAGUUCUCUCCAUUUAAGUUUCUGAAUUCCUGCAUGCCAGUGAUCCCUAGCUUGUGACCUCUCCCCAGAACUCUCUCUCAUGAAUCUCCAGCUGCAUCUACAGGUUCCCUUCAUUUCCUCUGUCAUCCCAGACCCCGUACACCUAUGUCAUUUUAUUUCCUACCUCUGAAAGAGGGCUCCUUAAAUUUUGGGGGACUCACGAUUCAUUUUGACAUCUGAGCAAAGUUAUGAACCUUCACCCUGAGACGUGCACACUCACACCCCUACCAGAAUUUUGCACACACAUCCAAGCACUUCUUCCUCGAACCAUUCAAUUAGCCUAUGAUUCAUAUCUCUUUUAUCCAGUAACUCAUCUGUCACCAAACUCUGGGGUUUCUUCCAUCCGAGCAUGAUCUGGGUCACUGUGCAGCUGUGAAGGCCGAGCACUGCACAACCAGAGGAGGCACCUUUCCCAGAAAGGGCGUCAUGGAUUUUGUGUGUAUUAUGAUGUUUUUCAACAGGUGGGAGGGGAAGUAUCUUGAAGGGGGUUGAGGAGGAGUGUCUUUUUGAAAUCCACACAAAAGUGUCAUACAGAUUUUCAAAGCUUAUUAUGCCUGCAUUUCCGAUUCCUCUCUAGUAUGCCAGAUCUGAAAUACCAUAGUAAUUUUCUGCCUGGUCUCUGCUGACCCUCUCUGUUCUGAUAAUGAAAUCAUGAUAAUGAUAAGUAUUAUAAUAAUAAUGAUAAUGUGGCUGACACUAAGCAAAAGCACCUACUUGGUGCCAGACUCUGUUCUGAGCACCUAAUCAUGUGGAUUAUUGCAGGCAGUUCUUACAAUAAUUCUAUGAGGUAAGUACUAUGAUCUCCAUUUUUUUUUUUUUUCUUAAGAUGAAGAAAGUGAGUACAGAAUAUCUCACGGCUUGCCAGGGGACAGAGUCAGCCUGUCUGAUUGAUCCAUCUCACACACCACUACAUUCAGGUGGUUUAAAUGCAUAAGGUGAAUGGAGAAGGAAGGCGAUGGCUGUGGAGAUAGCUCUUCUCUUGUCUCCUGUUUUUUCUCAGUGACCAUGACCCAAAUGAAGGGAAACAUCAGAAAACAAUCUACUGAUCCUCAGCUGCCAUGUUUCUUUUCAUGGUCUCUGUGAGAAGGUCCCCGAAUGUAACUUCCUUACUCCUCCGUUGCUCUCUUGACAUCUGUCUCUUCAGUCCCCACACAGGGACUGUGAUUGCUGGGGUCGGUUAGUUGCCAUGCUGGGCUUCACACUGUCCUUUCUGGCCAGUGCCUACAGAGUCAGAACCCUGGUGGCAUUUCCCUCAACAAACUGUGGCAACCUUUCUCAUUUUAAGAUGGGAAAAUGGAAGCUACCAAGUGGCUUGGAGGAUGCCCAGGCAUCUUCUUGAAGUCUCUGGGAUUCUGGUUCUCAUCCCCAGUUGUGCACAUUCAGAAAAAUUAAUCUAACCAGGCCACUCAUCUGACCAUGUUUAAGAGUCUUUAAUAUACAUAUAUAUAUAUAUAUACAGAUAUAUAACAAACGUGUUUACUUUAUGCUACAACACACACUUGGCUGCAUAACUGUGAUACAAGCAUUCUGUCUUGGAGGGCAGGUGCCUCAGGAGAUGAAAUGCAGCUCCAAAGUUUGGCAGGCAUUGAAUGUAAGCAGACAUCUCAACUUUUUUUUUUUUUUAACCUUUUCUCUUUUUUUGGCUAUGAAAGCUAUGUAGAAAAAAGUUAAAGUAAUACGCACUGAUUGUAGAAGAGUUGAAAAAUAAAUAAGA